CUCUGAGCCAUCUCUCCAGCCCCCUUGGGGAAUAUUCUUGAAACCCUUCUUUUCAAGGUGUAAUCCUUGAUGGGAAGCAUCUGGCCACUGCUUAGAGAUGCGGUGUAUCAGGCUCCACCAAUCACAGUUCGGUGGUUGAACCUAAGACCCAGGUGAUUCCUAUGUAAACUAUGGUUUGAGAGGCACUAUCUUAAACCAUCUCUCUCUUUCUAAAUGGAGGCCAAGAACAGUGUUGCAUCAGGAAACAAGAGAGACAAGUGAAGUGACAUUUUUAUAGUCUUCCUUAAGGUGACUUUGUGUGUGAAACUCUGCCCAACUUUGAAAGCUUAGCUCCUUCACUGACUCGUCCUCCCUCACGAAAGUGCUCACCCCGCAUCACCUCACAGAAAGACUUUUGGACACAUGCAGACAUAAUUUAGGUCCAAGUAGAGAUCCACCAGACAUAUGGAACAUUUGGCCUUUUACAUAUAUGGAAAAUAUACUGUAAUUACUCAGUGCUGGUUCAACACACUACCUAAAAGUACCUCAUUAUGGAUCAUAGGAAUGGUGAAGAAAGUACAACAGUCCCCUGCCUCAGAAGGAAAUAGAUAAUGAAGAAGUCGGCAUCAGGCCAGGUAGGAACUUCAGAGAGAUGGAGUAAGAAGGAAUUCAACAGAGAAAUUGGGAAACUACUGCCUCAUCCGGAGACUGCAGCUGUUCUCCGGAAGAUCGCCUCGUGUCUGAUUCCACUUCUCUGCCUUCCCUCGCAAGACAGAUUUAGAAUGCAUAUUUUUUUCAGAGGCUCUGCCCUACUCUUCCUAGCUGACAUGAUUUUGCCUUUUCAGAAUGCUGCCGUAUCCCACACUAAGCUCAGCCGUGUGAAGCUUGCUGAGGUCUUAUGCACAAAGUUUGAGGUCAUAGGGUAGGCUCUCUGUGGAGCCAGCAUGCUGAGCCAGCAUAGUUCUUAGGGGAGAGGGAUGGGCAAAGGCAAUGAAUCCCCUUUGACAAUACACACUCUCCCAGGAUAUAUCAGCCUUCUCUAAUCAUAUUUAGAAAGAUUAGCAAGAACACUGAACGCGGAGAUAAUUAGAGUAACUCCUCCCUCCACAGGCCUUCUUUGAACAGAGUAGUUCUUCCAUUUAGAAACACUGCGGUUGUUGGUGGGCCAGUUACUAUUAGUUACAGCUGGAAGAAAAUUCACCUUGUCAUUAGAAGUGGGCUGACCUAUCAGAUUUAAGAAGCACUCCACAGCAGUGGGAAGCUCAUUGUUUGGUUGAAUUUCCCUAGUGCUGAGAUGUAUUUCUGCAACCCUUUUUCUAAGGAAUGUGAAGAUGCUUUGAACCAAGCUGUGGCUUACCACCUGCAUAUCUCCUGUGUGUAUUUAGGAAUGGCCUACAGUUUUGUGGUUGAUAAGAAAAUGCCCCCUUUUGCCCGGUUCUUUGAAACUCAGGCUGAAGAAAGGAGGGAAGUUGCAGAUCAAUUCCUAAAAUGUCUAUGGAAACGUAAGGGUAAAAUCUGUCCUCCAAUUUAUAAGAAGCCUAAUAUGAAUGAAAUAACCACUCCUACAGAAGCCCUAAAAUUAGCUCAGGAGCUGGAAAGAACAUUAACACAGAUUCUGUUAAAUCUAAACACUAGAGCUUGUCUGGAUCGUGAAGCUGAUCUCUUAAGCUUUUUGACAUCGUUGAUCCAGAAACAGAAACGGAAUGAAGGUUAUCUAAGUUGUCAACUGACUUACCAGGAAAGAGUAGAAAGACAGAAACAAAAAGACAUCCAGACUGAAACACCUUCUACUUCAUCAGGUGAAGGGAUUUAACUUUGAAAGGCAAAGAAGCAAACUGGAAAUCGUAAAGUCAGUGAUUUAAGAGUCUUCAUCACCCAAUUGCUGAAGACUGCUUUCUUUUCUAUUUUUCUAAUGCUCAUUCUUAAAUAAAAUUAAACCUGUUUUGCAUUAUAAAUGUGACUUAAGAGUUUAAUGCU